AUUUCUUCGUUGUUCUCCUUUUGAUGAGUUUAAGGUAUGGAAGAGCCAAGUUGAUAAUAACACAAGAAAAGGAGGAGAGAGAUUGAUUAUUUUAACCAAGAGUCUCUUACUACGAAGAACUAAAGACCAGCUUGAUUCAUCUGGCAAGCCUUUGAUAUCUCUGCCUCAGCGUUGUGUUCAGGUACACAGAUUGAAACUCUCUGAAGAUGAACAGUCAGUAUAUGAUGUACUUUUCAAACGAUCAAGGUCAACACUGCAGUCUUUUCUCAAACACCAGGAAACUUUGCAUACAGGCUAUUCUGGAGACAACUCACUUACUAUGGGAGCACAGCAGUUUAAAAUGGGUCAGCAGGAUUCGUCAGUAAAGAUGGUGAAAGACAGGUUUCCCGGGUCCACCACUAUUCACAUCCUAUCCCUCUUGCUGAGGCUUCGUCAAUGCUGCUGCCAUCUUUCUUUGCUGAAAGUGGCUCUUGACCAGGCUAACAUGAAUAGCGAAGGCAUCUCUCUGUCAAUGGAAGAGCAACUCAGUGCUUUAACUCUGUCUGAACCUGAGAGCAGUGAUCCACUCUCAAUGGUGAAACUCUUCGGUACAGCUUUUGGUGCUGAUCUUUUUGAAAUGACCAAGCAGAGCACAAAG